AUGAAAGAAAAUAAUAUUCAAUCUGUUUCUACAUUGGAUAAUAAAUAUUAUAAUAAUCAUUCCUCGAUUAAUAAAUCAAGUGAUGCUUUAAUACGUGCUGAAAUAAAUGAAUUUAUUCAACAAGUAAAUUAUCGAUUAAUAAUUAUUGAAUUUUGUAUGGUUUUAUUUGGAGUAUUUGGAAAUGGUCUUGCACUUAUUGUUAUUAAUCGUCGUUCAUUACGGCAUACAUCAUCAAGUGUAUUUAUAACAUAUUUAGCUAUAUUUGAUACAUUAGUUCUUAUCAUUCAUCUUACAGGUUUAAUGACAUUACAUACAAUAAAAUCAUAUAUUUUACAUUGUCUUUUUACUUAUCUAACGGAUUUUGUUACAUUUUGUAGUGUUUGGAUUAUGGUUGUUAUGACAAUAGAACGUUGUAUUGCUGUUCAUUCACCAUUCUUAGCUAAACGUUUUUGUACAAUACAACGUGCACGCCGUUCAAUGUAUAUACUUAUAUUUACUGCAUUGACUUUCUUUUCUUUAACACUUCCAUUUAUAUAUACACUAAAUAAAACACAAAACAAAUGUGUUGUUCGUAAACAAUAUCAAAUAUUAAUAAGAAUUAUAAAACCAACUGUAUUCUAUUUUAUACCUGAUCUUAUAUUAUUAGUUAAUUUAUUUAUUAUUUAUGAAUUAUUUAUGGCUAGACGACAACGAACACAACAAUUAAUCAAUCCAGAAAAUGCUAUACAUCAAAUAAAUGCAACUUCAUUCAAUAGAAAACAACAACAAUUAACUCUGAUGCUUGUUACAGUUUCAUUAAGUUUUUAUUUAUUUACAACACCAGCUAUUGUUGAUUAUAUACUUCAGAGAAAUCCACCAAAGUAUCGAGAUGUUCGACGACUUAAAAUGCGUUUUUUAAGAAGUAAUUUAACUGUUCUUUGGCUUCAAAUGAGUUCAGCAACUAAUUUUUUAUUUUAUUAUAUGGCUGGUUCAAAAUUUCGUGCAGCUUGUUUACAAACAUUUACUGAUGUUUAUGAUUAUAUACGAGCAAAAUUUGAUGAUAAUUAUCAACGACAACGAAGUUCAAGUUAUGCUCAAACAAAUUCAACAUUUGGUAUAGAAAUGCGUAAUGAAAUUCAAUAUGAUCGUCGAGAUAAAUUUCGAUCUAAUUCUAUACACCAAACUUGUCAUUUAAAUAAUUCAUCAAAACGAUCAAGUAAUGAUACAGUUAUGAGUUCUCAUUUAAAUAGCAGACGAACAUCAAAAUGUGUAUUGCAUAUGCAAGAACUUUAA